AUGGCUCAAAGGCGUUUGAUGCAGGAGCUGCAGGCUCUCGAGAAGGAGAAAUGGGUAAUCAUUGAGACUGACGAGACCAACCUCCUGCGUUGGAAGAUCGGACUUUGGGUCGUGAACCCCGACAGCAUCUGGCAUGGCGCAUACCUCCGCGCCGAUAUGCGCUUCCCUAUCGAGUAUCCCUAUCAACCACCAACCUUCAAAUUCCUUACCAAGAACAUUUGCCAUCCAAACGUCUACACAGACGGCCACCUAUGCAUCUCCAUUCUCCACAGACCGGGCGACGACGAACAAUCUGGCGAGUCCGCGAGCGAGAGAUGGAACGUGCUUCAUGGGGUUGAGUCUGUGCUUAGAUCGGUCCUCCUGCUCAUGGAUGACCCUGAAAUCAACUCCCCUGCCAACGUUGACGCCAGCGUUCUCUACCGCGAUAGGCGACACGAAUACAACUCUCGUGCCAAGGAAGUUGUGGAUCGCACUCAGGCAGACAUCCCAUCCGAUACGCGAAUGCCCACAGCCGCCGAACUGGCUCCUGCACUUGUCAAGCCCGUCGAGGACGACGCCGACUUCUGGAACAUGUCUGAUGAGGAGGAAGACUUUGGCGGCAGCGACAGCGAUGCGGGCCUGGGAGACUUCGAGGAGGAAGACGAUGAGGACGAGGACGAGGACGAAGAAGACGAUACAAAGUGA